AUGAUUACAGUAAUAAUCAUUUUUGAUUUUGGCAUUGUGACAACAUUACAAAAAAAAAAAAAUAAACCAUCUUUAUGUAUCAAAGCGACUUUGACUGGUUUUGUUCUAGUUUGGAAGAAUUCGAAUAAGAGCCAACUGGCUUUGUUUGUUACGGGAAUAAGUACACCGAUACCCGUAAACAUCGAAGGUGGUUCACUAUCUUGGUUUACUAAUUUUCAAGUAAUUUACGAUUUACCCGAUAAUGUCACUUAUUUCGAACCUUAUAAAAUAAUGGAAAAAAGAUCAGUUAAAAAUACAUUUAAAAGGUUAACAAUAUAUCGUGCUUUAUCCGAAUACAUAAAUGGUCCACUAGAUGAUUUUAAAUUGGGUUUGAACGAAUAUAAAAAUGCUCAAUUACAAGGAUUACAUAAUAAUACGGAUUGUGGAAUAAUAUAUAAAAAUUGCAGCAUCGCGGAAAAUUCAAUAUUUCUUAAUUAA